UUAUUAAAAUUUCAUACUUGAUUUUUUUUGAGCUGCAAACAUUUUUAACACAUUGAAUCGAUAUUUUUAUGUAAAAAUUAUUUUAUUCAUAUUUUUAAUUUUUUUUUCAAAAACUGCUUUUUUUAAUCGCAUUUGCCAACGUUUCGUUGAAAUGUCUACAGUGCUUCAGUUUUUCUAGUUUUCUUAAAGCACGAUAUAAUGUGUUGUAAUUUUGAAUAGUAACUUUUAAAUUGAAACUCCAGUUGACAAUAGGAUGGCGAACUAUAAAGCAAAAAAAGCAGGCAUGAAUUUAGCAGAACAAAAAAAAUUAGACGAAAAAUAUGAUCAAGAGGAAAAAAAUGGAACUCCGGAGCGGGUGAUGGUGUGGCUUAAUGAAGUACUAGGCAGUGACCAUCCCAAAUGUAUAAAUUCCACAUGGAGAAAGUUACAAUACUGGAUGAGGGACGGAGUUUUGUUGUGCAAGUUUGUAAACAAAUUGCGGGAGGCGGCUGGCCAGGCUCCUGUGAAAUUUCAGGGAAACGCUCACAUCCCACUGGUAGCGAUGGAUAACAUUGAAGCUUUCAACAAGGCUGCCGUUGAGUACGGCCUAGAUUCAUCUUUCACUUUUUCCAGUCAAGAUCUCUACGACGGACAAAAAGCUGCCUUCUGCAAAGUCAUCAUCUGUCUACAUCAACUUGGAUUAAUUGCCAACAGCAAGUCAUUUGCACCGGCGUAUAAGGAAGCCUCCUAAUUUUGACAACAAAUAUUCGUUAACCCUUUUUAUAUUUUUAUAAAAAUUUCGUCGUUUAAAUUCAAUGCAUGUUAUGAUUACUUCUGUUACGGUUAAAAACAUUAUGUAACUAAAUUGAAGUAAAGAUUUUCAACACGUAUAAAAAUCUAA